UGUAAAAUGGUCAUAAAUGGGAUAAUUUGGUUUAAUAUUCGCUGUACUUAAAUCUAAAAAUAGGCCUAUUAUUCACGGUCACUUUGUAUUAAUAAAUGUAAAUUUAAUACCACUUUACUGUAAGUGCAGUUUGAAGAGUUAUUUUCAAUCAUGGUGUACACAAAACCUACCAAAACGAUGACAAACAUGGUGAGAGGACACGCAAGGUCAGCUAGUGAAAACCGCGAUUUUAGGGAAGCAACCAAACGAGAUGCCCUCAAUCAAUUAAGGCAAGAACUAGAUAACCUAAUUGAAGACGCUCCUGCCGAAAACCAACCCAAACUAAAGUCAGAACUCAGCAAUGGUUUCGCGAAACUCUUCAUGCGAUUUUUGGAAGAGGAAGGUCCCUCUGUCAAUUGGGAAAGUAUCGAGAGGCUUCCCGGCGAUGCCGUUAUUGAUUACAACACCCUUAAAACACCGACCACCGAUCUCAUACAUCAGAUGCUUUCGAAAUUGAUCGUAGUUAAGCUCAAUGGUGGUCUUGGCACGUCAAUGGGUUGCCAUGGGCCAAAAUCGAUCAUAUCAGUUAGGAAUAAUUUAACCUUUUUGGAUCUUACUGUACAGCAAAUAGAGCACCUAAAUAAAACGUACAAAACAAAUGUGCCGUUAGUCUUAAUGAACUCCUUCAAUACGGACGAGGAUACUGAGAAGGUAAUACGAAAAUAUAAGAAUUUAAAUGUAGAAAUACAUUCGUUUAAUCAAUCGUGUUACCCUCGAAUCAAUAAAGAGACGCUGUUACCUAUAGCGAAGAGUCCGAAUUUUGAAGAUGAUCUUGAAGCAUGGUACCCACCGGGGCACGGUGAUUUCUACCAGAGUUUUAAAAACUGUGGACUUUUGAGAAAGUUUCUUGACAAAGGUCGAGAGUACUGCUUUAUUUCCAAUAUAGAUAAUUUGGGCGCUACAGUUGAUUUUAAUAUUUUGGAUUUAUUGUUAAAUCCCAAUCAUAAGGAUAUAAAACACGAAUUUGUUAUGGAAAUGACUGAUAAAACUAGAGCUGACGUUAAGGGUGGUACAUUAAUUCAAUAUGAACACAAGUUACGUCUUCUUGAAAUUGCUCAGGUGCCAAAAGAGCAUGUAGAUGAUUUUAAAUCAGUAAAAACAUUUAAGUUUUUCAAUACAAAUAAUAUUUGGGCCAAACUUGACGCUAUUGACCGAGUCUUAGCUGAAAAUAAACUCAAUAUGGAAAUUAUCAUCAAUAAUAAAUCGUUGGGUAAUGGUUUGAAUGUAAUUCAAUUGGAAACGGCCGUCGGCGCAGCCAUGAAAUGCUUCGAUGGAGGUAUCGGCGUAAAUGUUCCUCGUAGUCGAUUCUUGCCAGUAAAGAAGACGUCCGAUUUGCUGCUGGUGAUGAGCAAUUUGUAUAACCUGAAGAACGGCUCACUAGUUAUGUCGCAUCAACGCAUGUUCCCUACUACACCUCUAGUUAAAUUAGGAGACACUCAUUUCGCGAAGGUUCACGAAUUUUUAGGGAGGUUCGCUACUAUUCCAGACAUUAUAGAAUUGGAUCAUUUGACAGUUUCCGGUGAUGUGACAUUUGGAGCAAAAGUAUCCCUGAAGGGCACAGUUAUUAUAAUCGCAAAUCACGGGGACAGAAUUGAUAUUCCUUCUGGUGCUAGUUUAGAGAAUAAGAUUGUUUCUGGUAAUAUGCGGAUUCUGGAUCAUUAAGUGGGAAAAUUGCCAUAUUAGUACCAUGUGAAUUAGAAAAUUAAUACAAACUGUGUGAUACUUUGACAUUAUUUUACUUUGGUAGGUACCUAUAUAGUGCAAUAUUUUGUUAUGUUUGAAUAUUCUUGUAUAAAGGUAAAAAUAUAUGUUGUAAUACUAUUAA